AUGCAAUUACUGACUGGCUGCCUCGCCCGAUGCGACAUUGGCACCCAGAAAUUAGCGCAGCGCAGAAAUGAAGCAUCAGACGAGAGAGGUGCGGUGUUUAGUCUCAACUCCCGGCUCAGCUCUCAAAGCGGCGUAAUUACAGUCACCUGUGAAAUUGUAGCCGCGCGCGCCGCCAUUACGGUGUACGGUGGCGGCUCGAAAUGGCGCCUUGUCAUUUUGACAGAUCGCUCGUCUAAUGACAGAGUCGCGUUGCUU